AUAUAGUAAAAACAACGCAGGCUGCAUGCCCUAAUUACACAAAAUUGAAAAUUCAGUUCCCCUAUUUGUUUGAUAUCCUUAAUGAUGAGAGCCCACCACUUCACACUUCACUGCCCCUGUCGUCAUUACACGCAUACGCACGAGUUCAUAUAUAAUAUUAAUAAAAAUAUUAAAUUACAGAAACGGAUCAAAAAUUGGCGAUGUUGUAGUCGACAGACAUGUCGAAUCUCCACCCCAGAGAUUUUCUCCCACCCUCUCCAGCUCUCUCCCUCUCUCUCGCUGGUAUUUUCCGGGAGGAAUUAGCAGGCGGAGGAGGGCGGAGCGAGGAGGCGGUGGAUAUAAGCAGCAGCGAUAAUUCGGGGGCGGGGAAGUACUCGCGCGGCUCCGACGAUGAUUAUGAGAUGUUGGCGGCGGAGGGAGAGCAGCAACGGCACAAUGUUGAUGAUGGUGGUGAUGAGGAGGAGGAGGAGGGUGUCGACGUCGACGGGAAGAAGAAGAAGAAGAGGAAGAAGUAUCACAGGCACACACCGGAGCAGAUUAGAGAGAUGGAGGCGUUAUUUAAAGAGUCUCCACAUCCAGAUGAGAAGCAAAGGCUGCAGCUGAGCAGGCAAUUAGGGCUACAUCCUAGGCAAGUUAAAUUCUGGUUUCAAAAUCGUCGAACCCAAAUCAAGGCUAUACAAGAGCGCCAUGAAAACUCUCUACUCAAGGCAGAAAUCGACAAACUCCGCAACGAAAACAGGGCUUUCAGAGACAACAUUAAGAAGUCAUCUUGUCCGAACUGUGGAUUUGCUGCCUCUUGCAAGGAUGCCAUUACAGGCAGCACUGAAGAGCAAAAACUCAGAAUCGAAAACGCUAAACUCAAAGCUGAGCUUGAAAAACUCAGAUCAAUUGUCGGAAAAUACCCAUAUGGAUCAUCACCACAGAACAGCUCGUCGUUCUCUCCAGGAAAUGACCAAGAAAACAGGGGCUCUUUGGAGUUCUGCACAGGCAGUUUUGGCCUGGAGAAGUCGCGUAUAAUGGAUGCUGUGAGCCGGGCGAGGGAUGAAUUGAUAAAGAUGGCUGCUCAGGGUGGACCGUUGUGGAUUAGAAGCUAUGAGACAGGGCGUGAAAUACUUAACUAUGAUGAGUAUGUGAAGGAGUUUUGUGCUGAAGAUUCUAACAGACUGCAGCCGAAGAAAUGUAUAGAGGCGUCGAGAGAGAGUGGGAUCAUCUUUGUCGAUCUUCCAUGCCUCGUCCAGAGUUUCAUGGACGCGAAUCAAUGGAAAGAGUUGUUUCCUGGCUUGAUCUCAAAGGCAGCUACAGUAGAUGUUAUCUGCAAUGGAGAAGGUGCAAACAGAGAUGGUGCUGUUCACCUGAUGUUUGCAGAGGUCCAAAUGCUGACACCGAUGGUGGCCUCCAGAGAACUGUAUUUUGUUCGAUACUGCAAACAGUUGAGUGCAAAUCAAUGGGCAAUUGCUGAUGUUUCUGUCAACAACGUUGAAGAUAAUAUAGACGCAUCUCUUCAGAAAUGCAGAAAGCGUCCUUCCGGUUGCCUCAUUGAGGAUAAAUCCAAUGGCCACUGUAAGGUGACUUGGGUAGAGCACUUGGAAUGCCAGAAAAGCACCGUCCACUCUCUAUAUCGUGCCAUAGUUAACAGCGGUCUGGCCUUUGGUGCUAAGCGCUGGAUUUCCACAUUGCAACAGCAGUGCGAGCGACUUGUGUUCCUUGUGGCUACAAAUGUUCCAACCAAGGAUUCAAGUGGUGUUGCCACACUUGCUGGGAGGAAAAGCAUUCUGAAGUUGGCACACAGAAUGACCUGGAGCUUUUGCAGAGCACUGGGAGGAUCCAGCCAUAACUCAUGGAACAAGAUCACCAGUAAAACUGGAGAGGAAAUCAGGGUGGCUUCUAGGAAGAACCUUAAUGACACUGGAGAACCACUUGGUACAAUCUUGUCUGCCGUUUCUUGUGUGUGGUUGCCUGUCUCUCACCAUGUCCUCUUUGACUUCCUAAGAGAUGGGAACCGAAGAAACGAGUGGGAUAUCAUGUUCAACGGAAGCAGAGUACAAUCGAUUGCAAAAUUGGCUAAAGGGCAAGAUCGAGGAAACACAGUUUCUGCACUGGCCAUGACUACAGAUGAACACAAAAUGUGGCUACUCCAAGAUAGUUCCACAAACGCCUAUGAAUCAAUGGUGGUUUACGGCCCUGUGGACAUCAACGGCAUGCAGUCAGUGAUGACAGGUUGUGACUCUAGCAACAUUGCAGUUUUACCUUCUGGUUUCUCAAUUCUUCCUGAUGGGAUCGAAUCUAGGCCGUUGGUGAUAACUUCUAGGCCGGCGGAGAAGUGCACAGAAGGAGGAUCCUUGCUUACCGUUGUCUUUCAAAUACUCAUUAGCAACUCUCCAACAGCAAAACUUUCCAUGGAUUCUGUAGACUCAGUUAACACCCUCAUAUCUUGCACAUUGCAGAGCAUAAAGAGAAGUUUGCAAUGUGAAGAUGAUGACACUUUCAUUUAGUCAUUCUUGACAUACAGUAGCAUCAAACAUUCUUUUCCUAAUAAAUAGCUAGAAAGAGGGUAGAUGAUCUAUUAUUUUUCUUUGCCAUAUUGUUAUCUGACAUGGAGAACUUAGAAAAUUAGUAAAGAAUGUCAAAUGACAUAAUUAAAUUGUAUUUUUUAUGCACAUUGACAAUAAUUUAUAGAAAUAUUAGUGUGUAGUUUGAUCUUAUAACAUCUUUUAUAUACUUGUUCAGAUGCCAAGAUUUUUACAAGAUUUCACAUGCAGAUAACUCUGUUGCCAUCAAGAAUUCAAUGACAGGAGACCAAAUAUUUGAAGAUAAAAGAAAGAAACAUAGUAAUGAAUCAUCAUUUUCCUCAAAAGCCAUCACAUAUCAAUUUUCAGUCGGCAAGAAUUUAUCUGAAUAUGGCUUCCCAGAGCAUCUCAAGCCAACAUUUCAAAGCAAAAAAGCAUCAAAACAACAUGCGACCAAUGUAAUCAAGAACAAAACCCACAUACAUCAAUGAUUCUUGCAGCCUCAAACCAUAAUAACAUCAAAUUAACUACAACUGUUAUUACACAAUCCACACAAGAAAUGUAAAUGAGCUUCAAAUUCUAAGUACCAAAACAACAACCCGACAUCCCUUUUCCUUCCCUUCAACUCUCCGACUCCAAAGGAAUUCCAAGCUCCUGCGGAGGCGCCG